AUGGCUAGAAUUGGAAUUGUUUUUGCUGGUUUUCUUGCAAUGGCGUCAUCUGUCCAUGGUUAUGGAGGGUGGAUUAAUGCUCAUGCCACCUUCUAUGGUGGUAGUGAUGCCUCUGGAACAAUGGGUGGAGCUUGUGGUUAUGGAAAUCUGUACAGCCAAGGGUAUGGUACAAACACUGCAGCUCUGAGUACAGCUCUGUUCAACAAUGGGCUGAGCUGUGGAUCAUGCUACGAAAUGAAGUGUGUGAAUGAUGGGAAAUGGUGUUUGCCAGGGUCCAUUGUGGUCACGGCCACCAAUUUCUGCCCACCAAAUAAUGCCCUCCCAAAUAAUGCAGGAGGGUGGUGCAACCCUCCCCUGCACCACUUUGAUCUCUCUCAGCCUGUCUUCCAGCACAUUGCACAAUACAGAGCUGGAAUUGUCCCUGUUGCUUACAGAAGGGUGCCCUGCGGGAGAAGGGGUGGCAUAAGGUUCACCAUAAAUGGUCACUCCUACUUCAACUUAGUCCUCAUAACCAAUGUUGGUGGUGCUGGCGAUGUACAUGCAGUGUCCAUCAAAGGGUCGAGGACCGGUUGGCAGUCAAUGCCAAGAAACUGGGGACAAAAUUGGCAAAGCAACUCUUAUCUUAACGGCCAAAGCCUCUCCUUUAAGGUCGUUGCUAGUGAUGGCAGAAGUUUAGUAUCCUAUAACGUUGCACCCCCGAGUUGGUCUUUUGGACAGACCUACACUGGAGGGCAGUUCAAUUGA